AUGCUUUGCAACGGGAUUCCUAUAUUCGGCCACUUGCUUGGUAUGAUGCGGUAUGGAGUUGGAUAUUGGACAAUGCAGGCACAACAGAAAGCGUCUUAUUCCAUCUUUGGAAUCAAUCUGCUGUUCUCUAAGAUCUACAUCAUUACUUCACCAGAGCUGAUGCAGUCCGUCCAGCGCAGCAAAGCUCUCAGUCUAGACCCCCUCUUGGAUCUUGCCGUGCUCAGAUUCUCUGGUAUUACCAAGAAACAGACUUUGGAUCUCAUGCUUGACACCAGUUCUGGCGGCCAAGGUUUUGCUCAAAAGCUCAUGCAUGCAUUGGCACCCACGAUGAUUGGAAAAUCAUUGGAUCAAAUGAACAUUCGGAUGGUUCGCUUCAUGACGCCCCUCAUUGAUGAGCUGGGAGAAAAGCCCUCGGUUGAUCUUUACAAAUGGUGUCGAGACGCUAUUACUGAUGCCAGUAAUGAUACUAUGUUUGGGCCCAUGAACCCGUUCAAGGAUAAGGAAGUAUCCGAUGCAUUCUGGGACUAUGAAAAGAAUCUGGGCGCGCUCGUGGCCAAUGCGUUACCCUGGCUCAUCGCACGCAAGCCCCUGAAGGCCCGCUGCAAGAUUGCGGCGGCAAUUUUGAAAUACCACCAAGCCGGCGGGGUUGAGCUAGCAUCUGAGUUGGUCAAAAUGAGACACGCCUCAAUUCUCGGGGCGGGGAUCUCACCAGAAGAAUAUGCACUACUAGAGACACCUCUGCCCACAGGAUUUCUUUCGAAUACCGUUCCCGCAGCAUUUUGGUCUAUAUUUGAAAUCUACUCCCGUCCAGAGCUUUUGAACGAUCUUCGCAAAGAGGUCGAACUAAAUGCCCUCUCCGUUCGGACCGACGGCACGCUUGACACACUGAUUGCCGACAAGUAUCUUCUCAAAGCCGGUAACCUUGUUACUAUGCCUUCCAUUGAGAUGGGAAAACAGCCCGAAGUCUGGGGAGAAACAGCAAAUGAAUUUGAUGCUCGGAGAUUCAUGAAAGGAGUGGCCUCAGCGACCCGCUCAGAUGAAAGAGAGCCUCGCCGUCUUGGUGGAUUUAUGACAUUCGGUGUCUCGCCCACCAUCUGUCCUGGUCGUCAUUUUGCCAGCUCGGAGAUACUAGGAAUGGUAGCUACCAUGAUUCUGCGAUAUCAUAUAUCGCCCGUGAGCGGAAUCUGGGAGGAACCAGAGAAGGUUUUACAUUCCCUGGUGUCUAUUAUGAAUCCCGUGAAGGGUGCGUUUCCAGUCAACGUGAAGCGGAGGCGAGAAUAUGAAGACACCAAAUGGGACUUCCAUGUGGAGGAAGGCAAGGGGCAAUUUCCGUUAGUAAUUGGAUAG